AUGGACGCGGAGCUUCACGCCAAUGCCGUGAAGAAGUACUCCUGCCGCCAUAGCCUUUUAGGUCACGGGCGGAUAUUCUCCACAAUUCAAAACAGGCGGCGGUUCAAUGUCGGGAUUCCAAAACAAAGCCAGAAAUCUUCCGUGCUUUCGGACGAAGAAUUUCUUGGCUGUACUUUUUCAACGAACAAAAGAAAACAAGAACACCAACUUAAGCACUCGUCGAUCGUCAGCUCCUCCAGCGCCGGGCAGCACGCCACGAAUCUCUCCAGAUCGUCGCCGUGGAAGAUCACAUUGGCGAAGCGGCAUGUCCUGAGCUCCGGGAAGCGGCAGCCCUGGGGGAUCCCAUCGAAGUAUCCAAACUCGAGCGAGAGGGAGGAGAGCCUGGGGCAUCCGGAGAGAGAAAGGAGGAGAUCCGAGAAGGCGCAGCCCUUGUUGCUGAGCUUGAGCUCGCGGACGCUGGCGCUAACGUGCUGGAUCCAUAGCUGGACGGCAUUCUCGCACAGACACACGAGCGAUGGCUCCGUGGGGGAGAAUCGCAGCGAUAGCUCGCCGAUGCCGCCGCCCUGGACCCUGGAGAUGGCCGCCCAGACGAUCUUCUCGGCGUCGAGCGACCUCACCACGCAAUCCUGCUUCCACGACUUGGGGAAAUCGAAAUGCAGCGCCGGGACGCGCGCCGUCCAGCGCCGCCAGUCCCGCGACACGGCCGAGCAGCGCAGCAGCGCCUUGGCGUCCCUGAUCUUGGACAGAAUGCUGUCGACGAUGAGAUCGUCGGGGAGAGAUUGGAAAUCAGCCAUCAAAGGCAGAAGAAAGAGCGUCGCAAGAACAAGAAGCAGAGAUCCAAAGAGCCUUGCGAGAACAAGGGACACACACCCUGUUCCUGAGAAACUUAUAGUACCAUUGGGCCCAAUCGCAAUGAGCCACUGGCCAGUGCCGUACUCGCGACAAAAACCUUGGUGGUAUGGUUACACGAUCUCGUCCCGCCAUUGGCCACGUACAUUAUUUCCUGUGUUAGUGUAA